AUGGUUCGCCGCUCUGUUCGCCUUGCGAAACCCGCAGACCAACCCCAGGUUUUCCAUGAUCUAGAUACCGCCGCGGUCAGCGCCAAAAGCCAGAAACUCGAAGAAGCCGCGCGUGCGCGAAAGAAGCGGCGACUAGAGUAUGGCGAGUCCACCUCUUCGGCGGAUACCAUGAUCAGGGACGCUAUGGCUGGGUCAGAUGAUCUUCGAGACGGCCACAAACCCGCCCUCUAUCGGGGCAGUCAGCUCAACGCACAACUCUCGGCGGAUGAUCCUCGCAACCGCUUCUCCAAGCUCAUCCUGAACGGCGUACCCGAAUCGGCGGAAUGGACUUCAAUCCGACAAACGAAGAACUACCAAACCAACUCGGGUGUUACGUCCGUCACUAGUCCUGACAUGCGCUGUUUCCAGAACCGUCCUGGAACGGGUACUGCCGUUGUCGCUGCUGGUGAUAACCUCGGCUUCGUCGCUGAGACAUCGAUCACGCACUUCGGACCAGUGCAGUUCUAUAUGGCGAAAGUGCCAGAUAGUGCGAAUGUCAAUACGUGGGAGCCGGCGGGUAACGUUUGGUUCAAGGCGGCGAGUAUAAGCGCGGUGGGAAGUCCGUUGACGAGUGGGGAGAGCACUUGGCCUGCUUAUGGGAAGUCGCAAGUACAGUUCCAGGUCCCUAAGAACGUGCCGAGUGGAAAGUAUCUUGUUCGUGUAGAAUCCAUCGCCCUCCACCAAGCUCAGUCAGUCGGUGGCGCGCAGAUGUAUCUGUCUUGUGCGCAAGUCGAGAUUACCGGCGGUGGUAGUGGACAGCCUGGGCCUCUGGUUGCGUUCCCUGGAGCAUACAAUGCAAACGAUCCUGGCCUGAGGUGGUCGUACUAUCCCAUCGCUACGAGCUACACUGCGCCUGGACCUGCUGUGUGGCAAGGUAACUGA